CCUCGCUACUCCGCCUACCUAGCGAUACUAUCUCCACUCCACUGCAGCAGUGCAGCUAGCUUGCUAGUACGCGAGCACACUCCUUCCGGGCGCGGCCAUGGUGAAGCUGGCGACGGCGCGCGAGUGCCGCGCGUACAGCCUCGGCGCCGGCGGCGGGUCCGGCACGGCGUUGCGCAACCGGUGGGAGUACAUCAACGCCGGGGUGUACGUGUUCUCGGCGGUGCUCCUGGUGGGCGGGUUCCUGGGGCAGCUCCUCGCCACGACGUGGGGCGGGUCCAGCCGGCCUGCGCUCGUGGUGGCCGCGGUCGGGCUCGCCGGCGUGCUGGCCGCCAACGUCCACGACCUCCUGGCGCACGUCGCCGGUGUCGACUACCGGCUCGGGAUGGUGGCCGGGCUCGAUGCCCAGCUCGCGCUCGUCGAGAUCGCCGUCCCCGCCGUGCAGAUCGCCGGCACCACGCUCAUGCUCAUCGCCGUCGUCGUCUUCGAGAUUCAGAUGGAGAGAGGUUACCGGCACGGCCUGGCAAGGCACGGCCUGAACCUGCUGAUCGCCGGGCCGGCGCUCUGGUGCCUGGGCUCCGUGCACAACAUCUGCCAGGUGUACGAGCGUGCCAGCGGCCACGUCCAGCUCCUGCAGAAGAGCGUCCAGAUCCCGCUCCUCCUGGGAAGCACGCUCUUCCUCAUCGCCGGCAUUGUCAACCGCCACGACCGCCGCAGCCGCACUGCCGCCUUCUCGCUACUGGGGAGGAGCUGGGCGUGGUUCUGCCUGUUCGGGAGCCUCCUGUUCCUCGCCGGCGGCGUGCUGAACCUGCUCAAGGUGUUCAAGACGCAGCAGAUGGGCGGCCGGGGCAUGGAGAAGCUCCGCGGCGGCGCGCAGGAGCGGCUGGCCAUGGAGAGGGAGGGCAAGGUGCCGCUCAUCCUGGAGCACGGCGGCCGGAGGGGGACCCGGGACCCGGCCGUCGUGCCGCCGCCGCCGCAGCAGCAGCCGCCGCACGGGUCCUACAAGGACGCGCUCGUCAGCAGCGCAAGCUAGGAAUAUGAACAGAAAAUGGCACGUAAAUUUUCUGGAUUUACGACGUUGGUUGAACUGUACCUUCCAAUUGCGAUCGUCAAUAAGCCUACUGUAAGUCUGUAACUGCUGUGGUUGUGUAUGCAUGCGAAUAAAACUGGCAUGUACAUCUGACAUGUACCGACUUACCCGAGUUACUGAAGAACUGUAUUUUCUACUC